GUACAACGUCAUUGCGUUUGUUGAGUUGGCUGCGCGCGGGAGCUUUGGUUAUCAGACAGUGGAGUUUGAGAGAAAGAAGAAGAAGACAGCAGAGAGCAAAACAACACUCACGUCUGCUGCUCACGACCAGAGGACAGCAGGCUCAGGUCACGUCAUGGCUAUGAGGAGCGAGGCCAGGGAGCAGGUGGAGGUGGAGGAGGAGGAGAACUUUGGACCGCAGCCUCUGUGCAGACUGGAGCAAUGUGGAAUCAGCGCCAGUGACAUCAAGAAGUUGGAGGACGCAGGUUUCCACACCAUCGAGGCUGUGGCCUACGCACCCAAGAAGGAGCUGCUCAACAUCAAGGGCAUCAGUGAGGCCAAGGCCGACAAGAUUCUAACAGAAGCUGCCAAACUAGUGCCGAUGGGAUUCACCACAGCUACCGAGUUCCACCAGAGGAGAGCAGAGAUCAUCCAGAUCUCCACCGGCUCCAAGGAGCUGGACAAACUCCUGCAGGGUGGCAUAGAGACGGGCUCCAUCACAGAGAUGUUUGGAGAGUUUCGCACAGGAAAGACACAGCUGUGCCACACACUAGCUGUCACCUGUCAGCUGCCUAUCGAUCAGGGUGGUGGAGAAGGUAAAGCCAUGUACAUCGACACAGAGGGCACCUUCAGACCAGAGAGGCUGCUCGCUGUCGCGGAGAGGUACGGACUGGUAGGAAGUGAUGUUCUGGACAACGUGGCCUACGCUCGAGCCUUCAACACAGACCAUCAGACACAGCUGCUGUACCAAGCCUCUGCCAUGAUGGCUGAAUCCAGGUACGCUCUGCUGAUCGUGGACAGCGCCACAGCUCUGUACAGAACAGACUACUCCGGCAGAGGUGAGCUGUCAGCCAGACAGGGACACCUGGGACGCUUCCUCCGCAUGCUGCUCAGGCUGGCAGACGAGUUUGGUGUUGCCGUGGUGAUAACCAACCAGGUGGUAGCACAGGUGGAUGGAGCCGCCAUGUUUUCUGCAGAUCCCAAGAAACCAAUUGGAGGCAACAUUAUGGCUCACGCCUCCACCACGCGUCUGUAUCUGAGGAAAGGCAGAGGAGAGACGAGGAUCUGUAAAAUCUAUGAUUCGCCCUGCCUGCCGGAGGCUGAAGCCAUGUUUGCCAUUAAUGCUGACGGAGUGGGUGAUGCCAAGGACUGAGCUCACUGGGUCUCUCACACACACACACUGCUGACUCAUUUUUGGUUUAAAGUGUUUUGUGUGUGUGUCUCUGUGCAUGUGUAAUCUUGGUUCCAUACUACUGCCUUCACAUGAAGCCUCAGACUGAUGUGGAAUCAGAGAUGAAUGUCAGGGCUCGAUCGCACGGUCCAACCCUCCUGAUGCAACAGAAACCUUCCCUGAGGGCUCAUUCAUUCUGAAGCACGCUGCACUCAGCCCAAGACUUU